CGACGACCCCGGUUUAGUAUUCGCAGUGGGCACCAAGCAAAUUAGAAUCAGACCAAAUCAAAGCUUUACUUUUCUAAUUCACAAAUCGAAUCAUCCAUCAAAGUGACUGAAGAGAUCAAAGAGUGGUAUCAAAUGGGUAGCGACUGGAGAAGAUCAAUGGGGAACGUGAGGUCGUUCGUGGGAAACUCCAUGGGUGGACUCAGAGGAGGUCAGAAUCUCGCUUCUUGGCUCGUCGCGGGAACAAUCGCUUACUAUCUUUGGGUUAAACCAGCUCAGGAUCUCAAAAAGGAACAGCAGGCAAGGGCACUUCUCGCGGUGGCUGAUGCGAAUGAAUACGUCGAGAAGAGGAGACCAAUCGCUGAUCCUCAGGUUACUGGUCUGAUAUAUGGAAACAAGAACAGAACCGAUAAACAACAGGAUUAACUAUAUUUUGUAUGGACAUCUUCUUCGGUGUGAGUUAGCUUCUACGGGUUUUGUCAAGUUUUUUCGUUCGCUAAAAGAGUCUUUGUAUAGACAAAACUAUAAGCUGUUACUUACACUGUUACACACAAUCGAAUAAAAAUGAUGGAGUCUGAAACUUCGUUUUGACUUCAACUUUCUUGUUA